GUGGGGGCAGGUAGUUUCUUGCCAUCCAUGCACUCAGAAAAAAUGUGUGCCAAGCCUUCUACCUCUUCAGCUGCCCGCUCUAAAUGCUGUGUUCAGGUGGCUCUGAAAGACAUCUUUGGUUUUAAUUCAUUUCGGUCAGAUCUCCAGGAAAAUGCAACAAGGACUGUGGUGAAAGGUGAAAGAGAUGUGUUUGUUUGCAUGCCAACUGGUGCAGGGAAGUCCUUGUGUUACCAGCUUCCUGCUGUUCUAGCCGUGGGAAUUACUGUGGUCAUCUCUCCUCUCAUUGCUCUGAUUCAGGACCAAGUAGAUCACCUGCUAAGCUUGAAGAUUAAAGCUUGCUCUCUUAAUUCAAAGUUGCCAGUUCAAGAACGCAAGAAAAUUCAGCAGGACCUGGAAAAUGAGCACCCUCAAAUCAAACUGCUGUAUAUCACCCCAGAGAUGGCAUCCUCCCCAUCUUUUCAGCCCACCCUAACAUUGCUUCUUAACCGCGGCCUUCUGUCCUACCUCAUCAUUGAUGAAGCGCAUUGUGUUUCAGAGUGGGGUCAUGAUUUCCGCCCAGAUUACAUGCGUCUGGGUAACCUGCGUGCACGGAUACCACAAACACCAUGUAUAGCCCUAACCGCGACUGCCACUAAGCAAGUGCAAAAUGAUAUAAUGGCUGCACUAAAGUUGCGUCAACCCAUAGCUAUAUUUAAAACUCCCUGCUUCCGGUACAACCUGUUCUAUGAUGUUCAAAUGAAGGAGCUACUGAGCGAUCCUUAUGGGAACCUAAAGGACUUCUGCCUGAAAGCACUGGGAGAUAAAAAUCCUAAAGGGGGUUUCUCAGGCUGUGGAAUUGUGUACUGCCGGACCAGGGAUACUUGUGAGGAGGUGGCUACUCAACUAUCCCAACGAGGGGUCAAAUCUAAAGCAUAUCAUGCUGGCCUUAAAGCAGGUGACCGAGUGUCCGUUCAAAAUGAGUGGAUGGAAGACGUGGUUCCUGUCAUUGUGGCUACAAUCAGUUUUGGAAUGGGUGUUGAUAAAGCUAAUGUGAGGUUUGUUGUCCACUGGAACAUUGCCAAGUCAAUGGCAGGCUAUUACCAAGAGUCGGGAAGGGCCGGAAGAGAUGGAAAGCAGUCCUUUUGCCGUCUGUAUUAUUCCAGAACUGACCGAGAUCAAAUCAGUUUCCUCAUCAAGAAGGAAAUAACACAAGCUCAGUCAAAAAGAGGAGACACCAAGGCAUCUGAUAAAGCUUCCAUGGCUGGAUUUGAAAUAAUGGUGAACUUCUGUGAAGAGUUGGGGUGUCGUCAUGCUGUUAUUGCACGAUAUUUUGGGGAUGAGAAGCCACUUUGUAAAAAGGCUUGCGACUGCUGUAAAAACCCACUGGCAGUGAAACGCCAAUUAGAACAAUUAGAGGGUCUCCUCCUAAGUGGGAGAAGCCGAACCUGUAUUCAGCAGCCAGCAGGACCGUCUGGAUUAUUCACAUACGACAAAGAGCUCUACGAGGGUGGUAAAAAGAGCUAUGGGUUUGCCAGCUGUGAUGAUAGUCAAGAAGGGGGCUCUGAGGAAAAUCUGGAUGAUCGAAAACGGCAGUGGAACAGCUUUUACCAGAAGCAGAUGAACAUGCGUAAGGGCAAACAGCUGGAAGAAUUCGUUGAUCCCGAUGAAGACUGCCGUUUGAAAGAUGCAUCUAAUGACAAGAUCCCCAAACUCACAGUAAAGGCACGGGAACAUUGUCUCAAGAUGUUACAGGAUGCUCUGAGCAAGAAUUUGGAAACAGCAGACAAAGAUAACCGUUUUGAUGCAGGUGCCUCAGCUGUGGACCUUGAGUAUGACGUUUUCCGAAGCAGCAAGAUGUCAAACCUGUACAAGGCAGCAAUACUGAAAAGGGUUGCUGAAAUUAACAAGGCAUCAAAAGAUAGAGAGCUGCACAUGGUGUUUGAAUCCAAUGACUGUGGUCAGAAAACAGAAGAAAAAACGGAUUCCUCAGAAUGUGGAUUUGUAUCUGCAUCGCAAAUGCAUUCGGUUAAGUGUAAACGGAUUGGAGCACCGUCUCCAUUUCAGUCUGCAUCCAGCAUGUUAGAAUCUAUAAAACCAGAAGAUAAAAAAAUACUGUCUGAUCCGGGGAAUAACCGGGAGCUAGUCACGAAGAGUGCUGCAGCCAACUCAGAAAAUAAAGAAAGUUUAAAGUUGAGUAGUCCUAAUAAAAAGGUGGAUAGUCCCAGCAAAAAGAUUAAGCUUAACAAAAAGAAAAAAGAUCUUGAAACUGCGGCAGUGAAGGACUCACAGAAAAUUUCCAAAUUUUUCUCAUCUCAAACCAAAAUCGAACAUCUACAAGCUGUCCAAACCAGCACAGCAAAUUGCAGUGAGAGUCCUAACAGAGAUAUGUUGAUGAGCCAAGACCUAGUGAACGGGCACGAGCCAAAUAGUCAAGGAACAGAUCUUCUAGAUCCACACAGCAAACACCUGGGGUCUAGUGACAGCACAUGUAUAGGGCGACCAGAAACCAAGGAUCUCUUGAUGGACAUUAAAUUUCCACAUGCAUCAGACACAAGUGACCUCAUUAAGGACAUGCCUGUGACGCAACCAUUACAACAGCAGAAACCUCACAGCAACUCAUCUUUGCAAACUUUUCAGGAGACACCACCACGAACUUCCAAUUUACAGGAACCAAAAGAUAGUAGUUUAACCCUGCAAUCAACACAUAGCAGCAGGAUAGAUACUUCCAAGAGGCCUAGGUCACCAGAACAAAAACCUGAUGUCAACGAUCCAGGAGAGCCAGCCAGCAAGAAAGCAAGAACAGAUAUAAAGUCAUCUUCCAUUUUGUUUCACCCGGACAAAGGAGUUGGCAUGCAAGGAAAAAAGAAAGUGACCUUUGACCCCACACUGAGCGCGGAAGAUAAAGAAGGGACAGCCAAAAUCCUGCAACCACCAAUUGGAAACAAAGUAGUGAGCUUGAAGGAGACAGCUGACAUAGUGGUGAAAUACCUGACCCCCUUCUUCCGUGAUGGGAAGUUUGCAUCCAAGGAUUUGUUUAAAGCAUUUGCAAGACAGCUCUCUCACUUCCUCGCAGGGGGAAACAAGACACCUUUGAGGAAAAAUGUAAAAGAAGAUGCCCAGCGGCUGAUCAAGACUUUUUUUAAAAACCGGACAACAUGUCAGUGUGAAAAGGACUGGGAAGAAUUAUUGCAGAGUACCUCAACGUGAUACCCAGUGUGUGGGGAUAAGAAAUCCAGAGGCUGGUUGAGGAGUCAAAUAAAAAAAAAAAAUAGACAGAAGUUAACUAUGCACCUAAAUAAGAGUACAAGCCCAUGGCUACCUCAGCCCAUUGACCGUCUGUUGGGCUUGGACGUACAGUCCAGGAAGCCAUUGUAUCCUUUGCACACUGCAUCUGAAUGCUGGCAAUUAUUUUUCUUGUAACAGCAGUCCGGAAUAACUGAGAUAUCCUUCCCUAUUCAUUGUUUAACGCUUGAAAUAGUGAGCAUGAAGUCACUGUAAUCUGAGGGAUAUGUGUGUUUUCUGCAAGUGGCAAUCAUGGUGUGUUUAUUUUCUUCUUGACAGUCAAGAGAGAAAAAAAAGUCUUCUAAAGUUAACAACCAUGUGGGCAAUACAUCUU